UAGUUACCAUUUUUUGUGAAGAUGCUAAUCUAACUGAUGACAUGAUUGAUCUGACUGAUGAUGCGAGACAUACAAGUCAAAAUAAAGAUGAUGAUUUAAACAACGAUAUUCAGCUCAUAGCAAAGGAGUUAGCAGCUGAUUUUCAAAUUGGUGAUUGGGUUGCUAUUGAAUAUAAUAUGCAGUGGUAUCCUGCAAUAAUUCAAAGUGUCAAUCGUGACAAUGUUCAUGUUUCUUGUAUGGAAUAUUCUACUACACCUGGAAAAAACUGUUUCAAGUGGCCAACCAAGGAAAAUAUUCUCCAAUAUUUAUAUCUUGACGUUAUUUGUAGGAUUGAUGCACCAACACCAACUAAUCAAAGAGGGGACUAUUCUCUCUCAAUAGACGAUAUGUAUAACAUAGAAAUUCAGAUUGACAGAUAAACUUCUUUAAAACUUUAUUUGGUUUGCUUUCUUAAACAAGUUGUAUUUGA